AUGCCCACUCUGUUCCUCCAUUUCUUCCUUUUCUUAUUCACAACCACUGUUUCUAACCUCAUCCCCGCAGUUCACAGCAACUGCAUUGAAGCCCAGCAACAAUCAUUGCUCCAUUUCAAGAAAAGUCUUGAAUUUGAUUCUUCCGAAUCCUCCAAGCUUAUCACAUGGAAUUCGAGUACCGACUGCUGUUCUUGGCUCGGUGUAACUUGCAGCACCAAUGGGCGUGUUGUCGGACUUGACCUCAGCGGAGAGCUUUUCUCAUGCAACAUUGACAAUUCCAGCAGUCUUUUCCAACUUCAACAUCUUCAGAGCCUCAAUUUGGCCGAGAACAACUUCAAUGACUCUGCAAUUCCAUCUGCAAUUGGCAAGCUUGCAAAUUUGAGGUAUUUGAAUUUAAGUGCAGCUGAUUUUUCUGGGCAAAUUCCCAUUGAGGUUGCACGCCUGACAAGGUUGGUAGUUCUUGAUCUCUCUAUGUAUUACUCGGGUGGGGAGUUAAAACUUGAGAACCCGAAUUUAGGCACUUUAAUCCAGAACCUUAUAGAGCUUACCGAUCUAAAUCUUAAUGGUCUAAACCUAUCAGCUGAGGGAUCUCUAUGGAGCCAAACCAUAUCAUCUUCACUUCCAAAGCUGAGUGCGUUGACCUUGUCCGAUUGUGAGCUUUCAGGCCCUAUUCAUGAAUCAUUUGCCAGGCUUCAUUCUCUAUCCAUGUUAAUAUUGGAUCGCAACUACAUCUCUAGUCCUGUUCCAAAAUUCUUUGCCAAUUUUUCAAGCUUGAUUUCCUUGAGUCUCUCUGAUUGUAACUUGUAUGGAGCAUUUCCCAAAGAGACAUUCCAGAUACCUUCACUACAGUCUGUUGUCCUAUCAUAUAAUUCAGAGCUUCGUGGUUCCUUACCGGAGUUUCCAAAGAAUGGAUCUCUCGAAUUCCUAGUCCUUAGCAGGACUAAAUUUUCAGGAGUCUUGCCGGACUCUAUUGGCAACCUUAAAUUGCUGUCUAGAUUAGAUCUUUCAGAUUGCAAUUUCACAGGAGCAGUUCCAAAGUCACUGGCAAACCUAACACAAUUGGAGGAUUUGGCCUUGUCAUCCAACAAGUUUUCUAGUCCGAUAAAUUCUAUUCAAUGGGACAAACUCAUCAAGCUUGACAGUCUCGACUUGGCCAACAAUCUACUCUACGGGAGUAUUCCAUUGUCUCCCUUUUCUAUUCCCUCGCUGCAGAGCAUAGUACUUUCUGGAAAUCACUUCUCUGGUCAAUUGCUUGAGUUUUCUAAUGUCUCUUCGUACUUGCUGUACGAACUUGAUUUGAGUAGCAACAAUUUGGAAGGAUCAAUACCCGUGUCUAUCUUUAAUCUUCCAAACCUUCGAAUGUUUAAUCUUUCUUCAAACAACUUGAGUGGUUUUCCUUUUUAUGGCCCUCACAUUCAGGAUAGCUUGUUGCUCAAUCUCAAUUUGAGUAACAGAUUUACUUCGUUUCUUGAUCUAUCCUACAAUAGCUUGUUGUUCAAUCAUAAUGAGACCUACUCAUCACCACCCUCCCUCCGGAUUCAGGAUUUGUAUUUGGCUUCUAACAAGUUGAAAACAUUCCCAAGUUUCCUUAAAAAAUUUUCUGUUUUAAUUUCCUUGGACCUUUCAGACAACCAGAUUCAAGGUCAGAUACCCAAUUGGAUUUGGGGGCUUGGUAUUGAUAAUCUAUAUCUAGGUCGUAACAAGCUGGUAAGUCUAGAAGCUCCUUUACUUGGUUGUAAUACUUGUACUUACCAUCUGAUGAAUCUUGAUCUUCACUCAAACCAGAUUCAGGGACAAAUACCAUUGUUUGUAAGUGGUAAUUAUUUGGAUUACUCAAGAAAUAAUUUCAGCUCUAGUAUACCAAUUGACAUUGGUGAUUUCAUUUUUUCCACGGCCUACCUUUCUCUUUCAAGCAGUAACUUGUUUGGGGAAAUUCCAAAAUCAAUAUGCAAUGCAAGUGUUAUACUUCUUGAUCUCUCUAAUAACUCUUUGAGUGGAAUCAUUCCCCAGUGCUUGACUCAGACUACUCUUUCUGUCCUUGAUUUGAGGAGAAACAACCUUACUGGAUCUAUCCCUGAUACUUUUCUUGAAGGUUGUAAUUUGGAAACUCUAUCUCUGAGCAGAAAUCAGAUACAAGGUCAAUUUCCAAAAUCUCUAGCCAAUUGUUCAAGGUUAGAGGUUUUAGACCUUGGAAUCAAUCAAAUAACAGAUGCCUUUCCCUGCCCGUUGAAGACCAUAUCCACCUUGCGUGUCCUUAUGUUGCGAUCCAACAAAUUUUAUGGACCCAUUGGAUGUCCUGAGACCAAUGGCACCUGGCCGGAGCUUCAAAUCAUAGACUUGGCUCAUAACAGUUUCAAUGGUGAAAUACCAGGUACAUCAUUGACAACAUGGCAGGCAAUGAUGGUUAAUGCAGAUGAGAUCGGAUAUUACCUUAGCUUUUCGUGGAGACCAGGUGGUUCAUUUAGGCUCGCAAUUCAUUAUGGAGAUGCAGUAACAACUACAAGCAAAGGUCUAGAGACGGAUCUUGUAAAAAUUUUAUCUAGCUUCAAUUCGAUUGACUUCUCUGCUAACAAGUUCAGUGGAAGAAUACCCAAGGAAAUAGGCCAAUUGAGAACAUUAUAUGCCCUCAAUCUGUCCAGUAAUGCUUUCACAGGCGAAAUCCCAUCAUCCUUUGGUAACAUGAGAAGCAUAGAGUCCUUAGACCUCUCACAGAACCACCUGAGCGGCCAAAUUCCACCGCAGCUUGCAAAUCUCAAUUUCCUUUCGCACUUGAAUGUCUCAUAUAAUCAACUGACGGGAAAGAUUCCAACUAGCACUCAGUUUUCCACAUUUCCAAAUACCUCCUUCGAGGGUAACAAAGGAUUAUGGGGGCCUCCUCUGACAUCGGAUACAGCAAUCGUAUUGCCACCUCCGACGUUAAAUGAAAGCUCAAGCGAUCCGAAUUCUGGAGAUGAGAUUGAUUGGAACGUUAUCAGUGCUGAAAUUGGAUUUACAUGUGGGUUUGGAAUUGUCGUCGGGUCACUCCUGUUUUGCAAGAGAUGGAGGAAAUGGUAUUACAGAGCUAUGUUUAAAAUCCUGUUCAAGAUAUUCCCUCAGCUGGAACAAAGAUUUGGUGUUAUUGGGGCCGGUGGAGUUAUUUGCAACGGCUCUGAAGAAUGGAUUAAUGGUUUCAUUCAUCAGGUUGGGACUGGUGAAGUUAUUCAGGCGGAGGCUUGGAGCCUCUUUACUGGCCUAAAACUUGCUCUUGAACUCCAUGUCAAAAAUCUUGAAGUUGAAAGUGACUCUGUAAUUGUGGUCCACCUCAUGCAGCUGAAUUCGUAUGACACUCAUCCCCUUGGGACUCUUCUAUCUAAUUUCAAGUCCAUGAUGCAGCUCUUUGAUUGUUGUACUCUCCAGCACAUACACAGGGAGAGAACUACAGUUACUGACAUCCAAGCCAAAGAAAGCUUAAAUUGCUCUUGA